UCCCCGCCCCGCCCGCAGCCAUGCGUACUGAGCUUGUUGUCGGGUCGCUUGUUAUGACUGGAGAAGGCCUCGGACUCAAUUAAAACUUAUACCCCGUUCCUGCCCCGGGACAGCCGUGUGCUCAUGGAGGGCAUGGACAUAGACCUGGAUCCGGAGCUCAUGCAAAAAUUCAGCUGCAUGGGCACCACGGAUAAAGAUGUUCUCAUUUCGGAGUUCCAGAGGCUGCUGGGCUUCCAGCUCAACCCGGCUGGCUGCGCCUUCUUCCUGGACAUGACCAACUGGAACCUUCAAGCAGCUAUUGGUGCAUAUUAUGACUUUGAGAGUCCAAACAUCAACACACCGUCGAUGUCUUUUGUGGAAGAUGUGACGAUUGGAGAAGGGGAGUCAGUUCCUCCUAACACGCAGUUCACAAAGACAUGGAGGAUACAAAACACAGGUACAGAUUCGUGGCCGCCAGGUGUAUGUCUGAAGUAUGUUGGUGGGGAUCAGUUUGGUCACGUGAACAUGGUGAUGGUGCGGUCUCUGGACCCUCAAGAGAUCUCAGAUGUGAGCGUGCAGAUGCGCAGUCCAGCAGUACCAGGCAUGUAUCAGGGCCAGUGGAGAAUGUGUACAGCCACCGGACUCUUCUACGGAGAUGUGAUCUGGGUGAUUUUGAGUGUGGAGGAGGGAGGUCUGCUGGGCGUCACACAGCAGCUGUCCUCCUUCGAGACGGAGUUCAACACACAGCCACACCGCAGUCUGGAGGGAGACUUCAACCCCUUCGCCUCACCACAGAAGAACAAGCAGGACACCAAUGAGGAUCAUCUAAAAGACCCUGGGGGCCCCUGGGUGGCCCCCCUGGACUCCAUUCAGCAAGAUCAAAAUGGACUCAAUCACAGCUCUGUAAAUAUUACACCAAAUGGUCUCCAAAACAACUUAUCAGUAGAGACUUACAGCCUGGGCAUUAAUGGACCCUUCCCGUUCGGGCAGUCUUAAAGAACAGAAUCCACCUGGUAGCUCAUCGGAACUGCUGCAUUUGCCCUUUUCUGGGGUUCAGUGAGAGGAGGAACAGAUUUAUUCUAAAGACUUGGUGACCCUCCCUCCCCCCUGAUGCAUCACAACAUCACAUUAAAGUGUGGACAGAUCUGUUUGGCUCCAAAAUCACUAUUCAACCAACACUGACACCCGAGUUACGCAUGUGUGAAUGCUAGAUUUAGAUGAGUGCUAGAAAUCCUAAAGAGAUAUGAAUAAUACACCAUUUUUGAUCUAUAUUGUCACAUUGCAGCAGUAAAUUCAGAGGUAUGUGUGGGUGAAUGGAUGAAUGAAUGAAUCUCACGAAGAAAAUAAAGGGGCGGGGGGGUUAUAUUUUGCUUUAGAAAAUGAAGCCUAUUGAGGACCAAUAAGAUUAUUUGCAUUGUAAUAAUAUUUUAUGACAUUUAAACAUUUUUCAAUUUUUGUUUUAUUAAACUACCUAAUUUGAGCCUGAUGUUUUACUUUUUGUUGUUGUUGUAAUUCUAUAUAAUAUGGUUUUACUGUUUUACAGUAAAUAAUACUGCAGUACCAUGUUUAUUUUAAAAAUUAAAACCAGUACAACAAAAACUAGCAGGAUUUAUAAAUACUUCACAGUGUUCAUCUGUCAUGAAAAUAAUGUCACAAAGCAAAACAUUUUAAUAUUCAUAAAUAUACUGUAGGCUUCAUUUUCUUUACGCAAAAUAUUCUUUCUUGUUUCUUUUGAUUUUGAGGUGAAAUAUGACUGGGACAUGGUCUUGACAGGUUUUGUGAGAUAUACCCAAAUAUGUGUGCGUGCGAGUGUUUCAACCAUGCGCAAAAGCCAUCAACAAAGAUUAAAUGCCUGUUAAGUAGUUUUAUAAUUUAGAUCAAUAUUCUUUGACUUUACAAACUCAACAAUUUCAAGUAAAUAAAGGUCAACAUGCCUACUUGGAGGUUUAAUUGUGUAAUUGGUAGAUUUCAAAUUCUCUGCCAUCCACUACAAAAUUGUUCUUGAAAUCUGCAUUUGGAUCAGUAAAAAUCCACAUCAACCAGUACUGCAUACAGGAGCACAUUACGUUUCAUUUUAUUGCAAUAUACAACUGUACUGCCAUCACACAAGUCAAAUGAUAGCUGUUGUCAGAGAUGCCCUCACUAUCUUGUUGCUGUUUUCAUAUUUGUUUACAUUUAUGUUUUUCUGCAGCGUUAUUGAGUGCUGAUGUUGGUUUCCAUUCAUAAUAAUUCAUCAGAGAUAAUAGCAAGCUGGAGAUGUGGCUUUGGUUCCCUUGUUUACUGGCCUAAGAGUCCAUAAGCACAUCAUUGAAAUAUUUUCCCAGUCAUUCACAUAGACCUAAGAUGGUAGUUGUAUUAAAUGAAGGUUGAGCUGAGGGUGUUUUAAUGUGGGAGAGAGUAGGAAUAGGUCCAUUUACAGGAAUAUUCCAUGUUAAAUAGAAGUUAAGAUCUAUCAAAAAUACUGGUGACACAGAAAAUAGUUUUGACUUAGUUUGUAAAAACUCACACAUGCGCUGUCAGUUAUGAACUUGAAAUGGAAGUCUAAGGGGGCAACCGCUUGCCCCAUAGAUGUCCAUUGUUAGUCCAUUUCUCAUCACCUUUUUUUUUUUUUUUACUGUCUAAAUUAUUUUCUGUGGUCACAGAUACUGACGAAAGAGCUUAACUUGCAUUUAACCCAGAAUACUCUUUUAAUUUGAAUUCUCUUGAGUAAUAACUGAAUGUAAGAAAUUGUCAAUUUUGAGCUCAAAAGCUUCAAAUAUUUUAAUGCGUGAAGAAAAAUUGUGGAAUUAUUUUGGUUUAAAUAGUGCCUCUGUGUUGAUGGAAAGCUUCUUGGAUGUUUAUAUCUUGCUAAAUAUAUCUGAAAGGCCAUUUUUCCUGUCUUACCGUAAAGUUUAAAGUCUUUAUAAAACAUAAACGAAACAAAUCAAAUCUUAAAAAAUAGUCCCCCAUAAUGUUUUUAUUUUUAUUUGUCCAUUUAAUAAGAUACAAGUUGGGUCAUGCAAUUCAAAGAUAAAAGUUUUUAAACAAAUCACCUGGUAACCUAAAGCAGAAUGCAAAUCAAGGACUGACAUUAUUAUUUCAAGGCAUAAGAGAUUAGUGUCAUCAUGUCCUGUGAAUCUAAUAGUCUGACUUUUUUUUUUUUUUUUUUUUUUUUUUUUUUGGUCAAAGUCCCCCGAGUUCUAUGCACUUGGAAGGUUUUGCCAUUAACAACACCAACAUUGCGUCCAGAUUUUUUUAAUUACUGUGUGGCUUCAUAUGUACAUUGCGACAAAUCUAUGCAGUGUUUUAAGGGACAGUCCCUUCUAUAUUCCAAAAAGUUGCACUCAGUUAAAGCAUAAAAGUGGUAAAUGCUCUUGAGGCUGGUCGCCAUAUUACAUUGCCGUAAGGACUGACGAAGACUCUUCACUUAGAGCUCGGCCCAUAGACAGCUCUUUGGAUGAUGUUAUAGAUUUAUCAGUCAAGUCUUUGAACUUUUCAUUUUGAAUGUCCUCAUCCCAAGCACUGCACACUUCAUAGCCUUCUUCCAAUUUAUAAUUACACUCUGGAAAACGCUCUUUUUAUUUCUAUUUUUUGUGUUGCUUAUGCAUGUGAGAAGUGUGAUUGAUUCAUUACUGCAUUAUUGUCUUUUUUUUCUUUCUGAUUUCUCUUUUUUUCUGUUAGAUCUGUUGGGUUUUCUGCACCGUGGCAUGGUGUAUGAUUGAGAUGAGAGUUUGCAUAGUCCUAUGCUAGCACAGUGAAAAAGAAGAUAUGAAAAGCCUUUUCCUGUAUGUACAAUUGAACAUUUGUAUGAUUAAAUUAACACUGAAACAAAA